AUGGAUUGGGGCUCACUUGUCAAAACAUCCGAGUUUAGGAGAUUCAUGUUUUUCAUUUCAGUAGUCACUGUUGGAGGUCUGAGUCCUGUUGCCUACAAAAUCUAUACUGAAGUGAAGAACAUGCCGGGAAAGAGUUUUUUCUUGUACAGAAGAAAAUGUCUGGAAUCGGAUCCGAAUGAAACACAAGAUCCUCUCAAUCCAGAACAUUAUUUAGAAGAACGAAAAAAUAGUAAAUAUAUGAUGAUGAUUAAGGACUUUAAUUUGGAGAUAUCGAAGAUGGUACUCCCUGCAUUUGUGGGAUGUGUGGCUGGAUUAUCAUUAUACAGAUUUUAUUUUCUGAGGAGAAUUAAGAGCUCUCAACCAGGAAAAGUGUUAGUAAUUUAUAGAAAAUUUGAAGGACCCAAGCAAGGAGAUAAUGAUAUAAUUCGAACAUUGUAUACCAUUCCAGAUAACCAGCCAUUUCCAGUUGGAAAAUUCAUUUAUCCUUGGCAACAUGUUGGAUAUGUAACAGAAGAGAAGAUUAAUUUAAAACUUGAAGACUUUAAAGUUUUCUCAAAAGAUGGAAAAGAAAUUCAAAUAACUUUAGAUUUAAUUGUUGGAGUUUCUGAAAAGGACGUAACACUUUCAUUGUAUAGAGCUUCUGCUUAUUUGAUUGAUUUAACGGCAGAGCAAAUUAAAGAACGAGCACUGGAGUCUGUACAAGGUGGACUCAUCAAUAAUAUUAAGGAUUAUAGCUACAGCGAUAUUGCAGGAAACAUUGUCGAUUUCAAUUAUUAUGUAACACAAAUCGUAACAUGGUAUCUCAAAUAUUUGGGUCUAAUAGUUCACAAAGCCUCACUGAUUCAUAUUAAAACACCAGAUGGAGACAUUGAUAUUCCCAUCACCAACCUGAAAUAA